CACGCCCUGCACUGCGCUGCACACUCGUCCAGCAAAUGGCGCUCCGAGCCACACGCACACGCACACGCAAACCAACGCCCAUCAAGGUCCACGCUGCGCCGCCAUGGCCUGCCUCUGGUAGCGCCGCUCCCCUUACUUGGGUACUCGUUCACACCAUCCCACCGUCUGCGAGUGCCUGCCUAUCGGUGCUACUACAACAUGCCCAAUUCCAGCGUGCUGUCCAUAUUACGUGCCUACUCAACACAAUGA